GAUGAAGUGGUAUCCAGAUCUAGAACACGCUAUUAUGCAAACUCCUUACAGCAUAGAAUUAAAAACCGCAUAUGGCAGACGCUCUUAGUUCUUCUUCCAAAGCUUAACCAGAAUUUUUUGUGUGGAACCCUUGACAAAGUUUUUCAGGCUGGAUUCAGUAAUAAUCAGGCAUCUGUGAAAUACUUGAUAGAAUGGAUUGUUAUCUUGAGUCUACAUAAAUACCCCCAAUUCCUUAAUAAAUUCUGGAAUUGCUUUUGCUAUGAUGAAGAAAAGCUUAAAACAAGCAUCUGCACAUUUUUAUCAGUGUUAUCUCACUUUGACAUCAUUCUUCAAAAUACCUCAGAGAAGAGGCCAGCUUUGAAGAAAGCUCUCGUAGUUGUUCUACAGUGGUGUUUCAACCAUAAUUUCAGUGUUCGACUUUAUGCAUUAGUUGCCCUUAAAAAAAUCUGGGGUAUGUGCAGAAUGCUGCGUGUAGAAGAAUUUGAAGCUCUGACACCAGUUAUUGAAUCUAGCCUUCAACAAGUGGAAAACAUGCAUGGCACAGGGAAUGCUAGAAGGAACUGGCAGCGAAUUCAGGAUCACUUCUUCUUUGCAACAUUUCAUCCACUUGAGGAUUACAGUCUAGAGACGAUAUUUUACACUCUUCCCCGCCUUGCGGAACUUGCUGAAGAUGAAUGGAUCCCACUCUCUAAAUUUGACAGAUUCACUGACAUUCCCUUGCUACCAGCAUUUCAGUGGUAUCAUUCUCGAACGGAACUUCGUGAUCUGAAACCAAGUGACUGGUCUCAGCAAGACAUGGGUUCACAUUCAGCUGAAACAGAUAGCCAGACAGAAUGGACUGAUGUUCAGAAAAAAAUUAUACCCUGGAAAAACAGUACUCCUAGUUUAGACUUGGAAAUGGCAUUUCAGGAUCGUGCUGCUAAACUCGGUAAAUCAAACAGCAGAUUGAUCGUGGUGGCUUCACUUAUUGAUAAACCUACCAAUUUAGGAGGUUUAUGUCGUACAAGUGAAAUAUUUGGGGCAUCUGCAUUAGUUGUCGGCAGUCUUCAUUAUAUACAGGAUAAGCAGUUCCAGCAUCUUAGUGUUUCUGCAGAGCAGUGGCUCCCCCUGGUUGAGGUGAAACCGUGUCAGCUUGUUGAUUAUUUACAGCAGAAGAAAACAGAGGGCUACACUAUUAUUGGUGUGGAGCAGACAGCUAAAAGUUAUGAUCUUACAGAAUAUUGCUUCCCAGAGAAGUCACUAUUAUUGCUGGGAAAUGAACAUGAAGGAAUCCCAGCAAACCUGAUUCACCAUCUGGAUGUCUGUGUGGAAAUUCCUCAGCAGGGUAUUAUUCGAUCACUCAAUGUUCAUGUAAGUGGAGCUCUGCUGAUCUGGGAGUACACAAGGCAACAAGUGAUCAAGCAAAAACAACAAAAAUAACUGCCAAGAAUCUCGUGCCUUAUAGUACAGCUGGGUGGCUUCCCAUGGUGCUACGACAUGAAAUUCAGAAUAGAUGAGAUACAAACUCAGGGUGAAUGAGGAUUCUUAACUUUUGCAUGUUUUGUUCUCUGUAGUUUUCAGGGUGACUUUUAAAUGCCUUAAUACUUUACCUCCUUAAAUUGUUGCAUUGGAAAUAAAUACUAUUUAUAUUGCA